GCGGCCUGCAGAAGCGGCCGAAGGAGGCGAGGACGGCGGCGGGCAUGGUGCGGCUCACAGAAGAAUUGAUUAGACAACGGGCAGAGCAUAACAACUGUGAACUGUUCUCUUUGGAAGAAGUUUCCCUGCAUCAACAGAACAUAGAGAAAAUUGAACAUCUCGACAAAUGGUGCCGAAAUUUAAAAAUUCUCUAUCUCCAAAACAACUUGAUCUCCAAAAUUGAAAACGUGAGCCGACUGAAAAAGCUUGAGUAUUUAAAUCUGGCUUUAAACAACAUUGAAAAAUUUGAAAAUUUGGAAGGUUGUGAAGAUCUGCAGAAGCUGGACCUGACGGCCAAUUUCAUUGGAGAAUUGUCUAGUGUCAAAAUACUGAAAAAUAAUAUACAUCUUGAAGAGCUCUACCUUGUAGGAAAUCCAUGCACUGAUUUUGAAGGCUAUAGGCAGUUUGUGGUUGCUACCCUACAACAACUCAGAUUUUUGGAUUGCAAAGAGAUAACACGGUCAGAAAGGAUCCAGGCUUUACAGAACUACCCUGCGCUAGAAAGAAAAAUCCACAAGCAGGAACAAAACUAUCUCCUGAAAAGAGAAGAAGAAAAAAAAGAGGCAGGAAGACGGAUGCUAGAAAAGCAGAAGGAAAGGAAGGAGAAGAAGAAGAAAGGACAGCAUCCGGGGUUUGAUAAACAAUCACACGCAGAUAUCAAGACGCCCACCUACUACUCUGUAGAAGGAGCAGAGAACCACCGAAAUUCUGAAGAAGGAGAUGAAUUUCGUAAAUUAAUACUUGAGGACGACGAUGAAGACCGUGACUUUUGGGAUGAACCUGUGCCUCAUACCCCAGAGGCUAGGUUAGAAAUUCACCAGUAUCUUGAAGAGAAAAGGAAAGAAAGAGAAAAUAAAGAACAAGGAAACGAAGAGAAACCUCUGAGGACUUUGAUCACCCCAGAAGGAAGAGUUUUAAACGUAAAUGAAGCCAAGCUUCUUUUCUCCUUGGAAGAAGACGAUGAAAAAAACCGGUUCAUUUUGGAUCUUGCUGUUUACAGACAUUUGGACAUCUCCUUCCUUAAUGUUGAUGUGCAGCCUACUUAUGUCCGGGUAACGGUCAAAGGAAAGGCAUUUCAACUUGUGCUACCUGAAGAAGUAAAGCCAGAUAGCAGCAUUGCUGAAAGAUCUCAGACUACUGGACAUUUGGUUAUCAGCAUGCCAAAG